GCGUAGUAGCAUCAUAACGACAUGAACUGUUGUUUUCAGUAGCAACCGUUACCUUGGACUGAAUAAAGUCGUUUUUAAAGCUUGAAAUAUGUCCACUCUGAUUGAUGAGACAGCAGCAGAUGUGCCAGUCAGAGACUUCACAGUGAACCUGUCCCGACUCGCAGCAGAGUCAUCGGUGUAUCAAAAUGCUCGGGCGCGACAGGACGUCUCGCGGGUGUCCAGGGAGGAGCUGGAGGACCGGUUCCUGCGCCUCCACGAGGAGACGCUGCUCCUCAAACAGCACAUUCACACACAGGACGACAAGAUCAAGAAGCUGGGCACUAAGCUGAUGAAGCUGGUGAAGGACCGGGGCCGUAUGGAGCAGCUGGCGGCGGGCGGGCGGUCUCCGGCCCCCAGGGUCCGGGACGUGGAGAUGGAGGAGAUGAUGGAGGAUCUGCAGGAGAAGGUGCGGGGACUACAGGCGGAGAACGAGGGCCUGAAACAGCGCCUCCUGGUGGCCAAGCAGCAGCUCAUCAACUCCCAGGGCAGGAGACCGGCGCCGUACGGCCGCGUCCCGUCACGGGUUAACUCGGGGGUCAGGAAGCAGCGGGACUCCUCUCCUUCUCCAACACGACCCAAAAGCACCCGUUCGGAGGGAGGCGGGAGACCUCCGACUGGUCUCUUACCCCGAUUCGGACACAGCCUGCUGGAGGAGGCGAGGGCCGAGGUUCGCAACUUAGAGAACGUGAUCGAGCUCCAGCGGAGCCACAUGGAGGAGAUGGAGGCUUCGUCCGAGCUGCUGAGGGAACAGCUGAGGAGGAAGGAGGCUGAAUACGAGGAGAGACUUCUGCAGGUCCGACAGCAACAGACCUCAAAACUCAGGUCGCAUGUCGACGGCAACGUGACGAUGAUCAAACUGCAGAAGCAGCUGGCUGAACGGGCCAACGGUGUCACAGAGCUAGAGGGGCGAUUCCUACAACUGCAAGAGAGUCAGAGGACACUGAAGCUGAGUCACGACGCAGCGAUGCAGAAGGUGGAUGAGCUGUCGGCUCAGCUGAAAGACGAGCGGCUGAAGAGUUUGGACCUGGAGAAACGGCUGCAGAGCUCCACUUUAUCGGGGAAGAAGCUGGAACAGCUGCAGGAGAGGAUCAGUGAAUUGGAGCAGGAGCGAGAUCUGCUGAAGGACAACAAUGAAAAACUCAUCAACAGUGCCUUCGACAUGUCUCGACAGCAGAAAUGGCAGAUCCAGGAGCAGCAGCUGAAGCUGCAGAUCGCCCAGCUAGAGACGGCGUUGAAGGCCGACCUCGUCGACAAAAACGAAAUCCUCGACAAGAUCAAGGCUGAGAGAGACACAAAUGAGAAGCUGACAGAAGAAAAUCAGAAACUUCAAAUCCAGAUUCUGGAGCAGAAGCAGCAGCUGGAGGAACUCAACGGCCGUUUUAAAGUCUACAGCAGGGAGAAGGACUUCGACGCGGCCGAACUCACGGAGGCGCUGCUGCUCAUUAAGAAGCGUAAAACCCAGAGGAGCGGCGAUCUGGGCUUCCUGAAGGAGGCGGAGGACAUAGCCAGCGGUGGCGCUGGCGACGGCAGCACAGAGAGGGCCGUCCGAGAGCUGCGAGCCGCUCACGCCGAAACCAUCCAGGAACUGGAGAAGACCAGAAACAUCCUCAGCAUGGAGAGCAAGAUCAGCAAAGACUACAAGGCGGAGCUGGAAGUUGUGUUGAAGAAGAUGGACGGUAACAAAGUGGAGUAUGAGCAGAAGCUGGAGCGACAGGCCGCUCUGCUCGACACCAGGGCCGCCAAGAUCAAGAAACUGGAAGCUCAGCUCCGAGACAUUGCCUACGGCACCAAAACCUUCGUCUCCAAACAGGAAGUCACCGAGGAAGACGAGGCCGACCGGUUUGAUGAAAGUCUUCGCCUGGAGAGCGGAGAGAACCUUAUGGAGCUUCAGAUAGUCGGCGCCACGCUGUCUCCGUCCGCCCUGCAGGCCCUGGGGGAUGGCGGACCCUCCACCUUCUGCACCUACGCCUUCUAUCACUUUGAGCUUCACGCAACGCCGGUGGCGGCCGGCCGGACGCCGGCGUACGGCUUCACGUCCCAGUACGUGGUGAGCGUGGACGAGCUCUUCCUGGAGUAUCUGCAGCGAGGCUGCGUGAGCGUGGAGCUGCACCAGGCGCUCGGCCUGGACUGGAGGACGCUGGCCAGAGCGCAGAUUCGGCUGCAGGCGCUCCUGGAGCGAGACGGGAAAGUCCACGGGACCGCGCCGCUGGUCGGAGCGUCCGAUGAUUCCCGGUCCUUUGGCUCCGUGGAUUACUGGCUGCAGCUGAGGCUCCCGAUGACAGAGACCAUCCGUCUGUAUAAAGAGAAGCUGCAGGCUGCAGGCUACAGCCACACCGCUUUGAACCGGGACGCACAGCUGCAGCCGCCCGGCGUCUGGAACGAGCUCUACGUCACGGUGCAACGCUGCAGAGACCUAAAGUCGGCCAGACUCUCAGAGCUGCCGAGCCCCUACGUGGUUUACAAGUUCUUUGACUUCCCCGACUACCCGACCGCCACCGUCCACGACUGCUGCGAGCCGCGCUUCAACGACCUCAAGUCCUUCUCCAUCCCGAUGGACUCGGGCCUGGACCGCUACCUGAAGUCUGAGGUCCUUCGGCUCUACGUGUUCGACUACGAAGAGGAGCAGAUGGACACGUACGUGGGGAAGGCCGCUGUGCCUCUGGCGUCGCUUGCCCAGGGCGAAGAGAUCAACGGUGUGUUUUUGCUGACGGAUCCCUCCGGUCUCCCCGCCGGAAACAUUGAAGUGAUGCUGAAGUGGAAGUCACCUUACCUCCCUCCAUCCGGCUCCAUCGGGACUGUCGAAGAGCAAAAGUUCAUCCUGAAAGAGAAAGAAAGCAAGCAAACGCAGCAGCACAGAGUGGAGGAAAAGAAGAAAGAGACACAUGUUGCUGAGACGCCACAAAACGAAGACAAACACCUUUUUCAUCAGCCCAUCUCGCUCCCUACAUCUGCUGCAUCUAAGGCCCCGCUGCCAAAACUCAGACAGAGGACCAAACUAAAGGACGGACCGGCUGCCAAAAAGGUCACCUUUAUAGAAAGCUCAGCUACAGACGCCCAGGUUGGUGAGCGAGAGACGAGACAGACGACAAUCUCACCUGUUGUGAAGGUUUUAUCCGAGGAGAGUCCGGCUGCUCAAAGCACCGCAGAGGAAGAAGAAGAAGAGUCUCACUUCUCUGAAGGUCAGCUGAUCCCGGCCAGCUCUCAGUCGUUCUCCGACGACUCUGAAAUCUCCGAGGAAAUUACAGAAGAUGUGGAGGCGUCCCCGAGAGACCCGAGUGAAUCGACUCAGUCGGACAGCGAUGACUGCAUCGUUCACGGGCAGCCGGCCGGGAGGAAGCCCUCAGAGCGAGUUCUCCUGGAGGUGGUGUCCCUGAGCUUGCGGCCGGAGUCUCGGGUGUCCCGGGACAGCAGCGUGGUGCGUCUGUUUGUGGAGUACUCUCUGCUGGAUCUGCCCACCGAGGAAACGCCGCUGUCUCUCCCCAAACCCCCGCUGGGAAAGACCAUCAACUACAACUACAGCAAAGUCGUUCCCGUGGACGCGGAGACCAACGGGGCGAGGCGGCAGCUGCUGAGGAGCGUCCUGCAGGGACGAAGCCCUCAGAUGGAGAGAAUCCGGUUUACAGUGGUGAGUGAGCCUCCGGAGGAAGAGGAGCAGGAGAGGGAGUGUGAGGAUGUAGGCGUGGCUUUCCUCAGGAUCCCCGAAAUCCUGGAGAGACGACGAGACCUGACGGAGACCAGCCUGGAUGUGUUGGACGUGGAGGACAGCAGCGAGGUCAUCGGCAGUCUGACGGUGUCGGUGGAGGGACUGGAGGCUCUGCAGGCCAUCAUGGAGGACCAGGAACUCAAGGUCACAUGACUCUCCCACAGAACUAAAGGUCACAUGACUCUCCAUCUCAGACUCAGGACACGCCCACAGAGAGAAGGGGACACCAGACGUGCUGUGUGUGUCAGAAACUGAAACAAACAUCAUGAGAAGUUCUUCAUACCUUCAGGACCCAAACUCUGAGGACAGGAAACACUGAUCCACAUGUUAGAGACCAAACAACUAAUACAACUCAUCUAUUCAUCAACUCAUCCAUUCAUCCAGGAGAUGAUCCACACAUUAAUCCACAAUCCAGCCAAAACGUCUUGAGUGAAAAAGUGACUUUCUGUCUGAGUCGUGUUGGCAGAUCAACAGCCAGCAUGUGGACGUGUCGGUAACACACACACUCAGACACACACACACACACACACACACACACACACACAUACACUCAGACACACAC